AUGGUUCAUGCAUUCUUCGCCGAUAUGGGAGGUUUUCUUCUUGAAUCUCCUGGAAGCGAACUGUUUCCUAUCGACGCGGAGCAGCUGUUUCAGUUGGUAAAAGCUGGAUACGUUUCUUAUCCAGACAUAGAGAUGGAAGAUAUAAAGGAUAAAAGCAAAUCAGGUAGCUUGUCAAGAAUUGUUGCGUCAGUACAGGCAUCCUGGUUCUUGAUCAACUGCGUUACCCGUGCCGCUCAGAACAUUUUUAUCACUACUCUCGAGAUUACAACCUUGUCCUUCAUUGUGAUCUUCUUUUUCACAUCAUUCUGCUGGCAUUAUAAGUCUCAGGACGUAUCACGAGCCGUGAUUCUCCAAACGAAUACUCCUAUUGCGACCAUCCGCUCGAAAUUCCAUCCACGCCCCCAGGAGAACUGGCACCGAACACCGCUUGACUUUCUUUCCCGCGAUGAAUGGCUCUGUAGUUGCUUAUGGCGCUACUACAUCCAGAUUCUACACUAUUUGCAUAUUCCAAUUUUUGCCCGACCAAGCACUAAGCUUUACGAUUACAUACCCUCCGAUACAUUCUUGCGUCUUGAUACACUUGCGGAGGUUAUUUUUGUUCCUUGCAUGCUAUCAUUUGCUUCUAUGUUCAUGUGUGCCUGGAAUUUUGAAUUUCCCACGUCUACUGAGAGGCUGAUUUGGCGUGCUGCAACAGUAUAUCAAACGUUUUUUGGUUCUGUAGGUGCACUUAUAUGCUGGUAUGCUAAUGCGUUCAUUCUUCCCAAACGCUUGCCAGUUUCCGAGAAGCCCCCAAACGGUUACUUUCAUUGGCUUGCGUGGAAAAUGAGAAAUAUCUACGAAGAUCGAGAUCCAGACUUGAUUGUUCCGUUAAGGGUGCUUAUCCCAAAUGCCUUUCUUUGUCUUUUAUAUUCUGCAUCUCGGGUCUUUAUUCUGUUGGAGGAUUUCAUUGGACUGAGGAGUUUACCAGAAAGUGCAUUCCAGACAGUGAAUUGGUCAAAGUAUGUUCCUCACUGGUAG